CAGGCAGGCACCAGGCUGUUGAUCUCUAAAUUAUAGCGUUGGCGCGCACUGGUUGCUGCGGCAACCGAGUUGUCCUGAACGGGGAAGUGUAUAAACAUUGCCACAGAUGCACAAUUAGAUCAGGAAGAAGAAUAGAACAGAAAAUAGAAACUUCCAGCCUUAUAUAAUUCUGGGCCAAAACGUUACCGGGAGCCCGGGCCCAGGCCCAGCCCUGCCAGCGGCUGCCCUCCCCACCCCCACAGCACCCUGUCUCUGCCGGGGCCCCAGUGGAAGGGAGGGGUGAGGGGAGGGUCUGCCCUCCGUGCGCCCGGCUGGUGCGCCUGCCACCCGGUGGGGUAAGGGCCGUCCGCCUCCACUAAAACAGCCGAGGACGCUGACAGGUGACUCCUGCCUCUCGCCGGCUUCCUCCCGCUCUGGAGAAGCGGGAAGGAGGACGGCAGGGUGACCCGUUUUAACUGAGCACCUACUAUCUCCUUCGGUCCUGUGAGGUAGGGUUCGGAUACCCAUUUCGCGGGUGAGGAGACCGAGGCUCAGAGGCGGGACACGAGUUAUCUGAGGUGUCACGGCGAGGCAGUGGGUGUGCCUGCCUCCCUGCCUCUGGGUCUCCACAACCGUGAGCUCGAAGACGCUGACGGCACCCGGGGAACUGAAGGCCCUGCGUCUUCCCAGGUGACCACGCCGGCUUCAGGACAUGCACGGGCACAGCCGCAACGGGCAGGCCCACGUGCCCCGGCGGAAACGCCGCAACCGCUUCGUCAAGAAGAACGGCCAAUGCAACGUCUACUUCGCCAACCUGAGCAACAAGUCGCAGCGCUACAUGGCGGACAUCUUCACCACGUGCGUGGACACGCGCUGGCGCUACAUGCUCAUGAUCUUCUCCGCGGCCUUCCUCGUCUCCUGGCUCUUCUUCGGCCUCCUCUUCUGGUGUAUCGCCUUCUUCCACGGCGACCUGGAGGCCGGCCCGGCGGCGGCGGCGGCGGCGGCGGGGGCGGCGUCGGCGGCGGCGGCGGCGGCGGGGGGGGCCCCGCCGGGCGGUGGCGCGGCGGCCCCGGCGGCCCCCAAGCCCUGCAUCAUGCACGUGAACGGCUUCCUGGGCGCCUUCCUGUUCUCGGUGGAGACGCAGACGACCAUCGGCUACGGGUUCCGGUGCGUGACGGAGGAGUGCCCGCUGGCGGUCAUCGCCGUGGUGGUCCAGUCCAUCGUGGGCUGCGUCAUCGACUCCUUCAUGAUCGGCACCAUCAUGGCCAAGAUGGCCCGGCCCAAGAAGCGGGCGCAGACGCUGCUGUUCAGCCACCACGCGGUCAUCUCGGUGCGCGACGGCAAGCUGUGCCUGAUGUGGCGCGUGGGCAACCUGCGCAAGAGCCACAUCGUGGAGGCCCACGUGCGGGCCCAGCUCAUCAAGCCCUACAUGACCCAGGAGGGCGAGUACCUGCCGCUGGACCAGCGGGACCUCAACGUGGGCUACGACAUCGGCCUGGACCGCAUCUUCCUGGUGUCGCCCAUCAUCAUCGUCCACGAGAUCGACGAGGACAGCCCGCUCUACGGCAUGGGCAAGGAGGAGCUGGAGUCGGAGGACUUUGAGAUCGUGGUCAUCCUCGAGGGCAUGGUGGAGGCCACCGCCAUGACCACCCAGGCCCGCAGCUCCUACCUGGCCAGCGAGAUCCUGUGGGGCCACCGCUUCGAGCCCGUGGUCUUCGAGGAGAAGAGCCACUACAAGGUGGACUACUCGCGCUUCCACAAGACCUACGAGGUGGCCGGCACGCCCCGCUGCUCGGCCCGGGAGCUGCAGGAGAGCAAGAUCACCGUGCUGCCUGCCCCGCCGCCCCCGCCCAGUGCCUUCUGCUACGAGAACGAGCUGGCCCUCAUGAGCCAGGAGGAGGAGGUGAUGGAGGAGGAGGCCGCGGCCGCCGCGGCCGUGGCCGCAGGCCUGGGCCUGGAGGCGGGCUCCAAGGAGGAGGCGGGCAUCAUCCGAAUGCUGGAGUUUGGCAGCCACCUGGAUCUGGAACGCAUGCAAGCCACCCUCCCGCUGGACAACAUCUCCUACCGCAGGGAGUCCGCCAUCUGACCUCCAGGCCCCGCCCUCGUCACUUCCCACAGGCGCCUCUGCCCCGCCCCCCCCGGGGGGAGGGGUGGGACGCCAGGACACGCCCCUCCGCGCUCAGGACAGAGCCGACCCUGGCUCCGUGGACCUUCUGGAGGGAGGUGGGGGCUUCAGAGACUGGGGGACCCCUCCCUAUUGACUCCAGAGCCCAGGCCUGGGAAGGGCCCAGGACACCCUCUGCCCUGUCAGCCGACCCGCUGGCGUCUCGGGGACCCCAGACCCACCACCCUUUUCCCACUGACACUUCAAGGACGUGCCCCCUUUGCUCUCGGAACCUUGGGGAGGGCGGCUGGACUGCUGGGGGGUGGGCAUC